GCCGGUCGGUUUUUUUUUACAGCUGCGAAAAAGGGGGAAGCGAAGCGACAGGCAAAAAAGCAGCAUCGGCGGUGCGGUGCUAUGGACCUCAGGGACAAUGUCGAGACCGGGGAGACGGAAAACCACACCGAGCUGUUCUACGUGCCGAUACCAGAGGAAGAACCGUGUAAGAGGGAGCAGGAGAAGCUGUCAGGGGUCGUGAAAAACGUCCACAGAAAACUGCGCAGGAAAUACAGAGAGGUGGGCGACUUUGACAAGAUCUGGCGCGAGCACUGUGAAGAUGAGCAGACGCUGAGUGAGUACGCCCUCGCCAUGAAGAAUCUCGCCGACAACCACUGGACCAAGAAGUGCGAAGGAGAGGGACGCAUCGAAUGGUGUCGCAGUGUCUGUCAAGAGUAUUUCCUGCACGGCGGGAUGAAAAGAAUGUUAGAAAAGGAUGAGAAGAGCGCCAUGCUUGCCAUGGGUCUGCCUGCAGCGUCUGUGAGUGCACAACCGUGCAGCAGCAUGCCCAGCUCUAUCUCUCAGCUGGGGAAAAUGCGCCUGCUCGACGUAGGAAGUUGCUUCAACCCUUUCCUGAAGUUUGAUGAAUUCCUCACAGUUGGGAUUGACAUAGUGCCUGCAGUUGAGAGUGUGUACAAGUGCGAUUUCCUCAACCUCCAGCUCCAGCAGCCCCUCCAACUGGCCAGCGACGCAGUGGAGGCGUUCCUCCGCCAGCUCUACAACCCCAUCGACAUGCUGCCCGCCCAGCUUUUCCACGUGGUGGUCUUCUCCCUGCUCCUGUCCUACUUCCCCUCCCCUUACCAGCGCUGGCUCUGCUGUAAGAAAGCCCACGAGCUGCUGGAGCUCCACGGCCUGCUGCUCAUCAUCACGCCCGACUCCUCCCACCAGAACCGCCACGCCCUCAUGAUGCGAAGCUGGCGCGUGGCGGUGGAGUCGCUGGGCUUCAAGCGCUACAAAUACAUCAAGUAUUCCCACAUGCAUCUCAUCGCCUUCCGCAAAGUGUGUGUGGCCACCACCAGCGACCUGGUGUCACGCAACUACCCGGAGAUGCUCUACAUCCCUCAGGACUUCCACUCCAACGAGGAAGAGGAGGAGUGUGCCGACGUGCCGGUGCAGCCGCGCUCCGAGUUUGAGGACGACCAGGUGGCUUGGGGCUUCACAGAGCUCCCCGACACGCCAUAUGAUUCGGAUUCUGGGGAGAGUCAGAGUGGGUCGGUGCCUGGCUUCCAAGAGCUAGAAGACCCCAUCCUGCUUCAGAGCUAGGCGGCUAAACCAGCAACCCCUCCCUCCUUUCCUCUACUGUCACCUCCCCUUCAACUGCUGCGCUGCCAAAUUUAACCUGCUGCAAUCUUCUCCCACAUCUCCUCCCUCUCCUAAAGACAAUGCAGUUUGCACAGUGUAAAAGAGAGAAGUUUACAGAUUAUUUUAUCAUAUCCACACUCCUCUGAGAGUACAUACACAUACAUGCACAUGUAAACGCAUAUGAACACACACACUAAGAUGGAUAUAUUUUGAUAAAUAUUUAGGUUUUUUAAAGAGUUGGACAGUGAAUGCCCUAGAGAUGUCUAAGCUCCCUGCUCCUUGAUUUACAUACCAUCUUUCAAUCAGCUUUCAAUAACAAAUACUCGGUCUCUGUUUGAAUAAGCUAGUGUGGCAGGCUGGAGUUUGGCCGCACUGGAGAGAUUGAACGACUGGACUGGUACGCUUGCUUCUGUCACAGUCAUGCAGUUAGACUUUCUGAAAUAUUCUUGAUGUUAGUUUUCAAGAAAAAAAAGUCAUCGUUUUGAAACAUAUCUCUAUAUUCUUAACAGUCGAAACAUUGGUGUUGUCCAGCGUAAAGUGUGGCAAUGCAAUUUUAACUUGGCAUCCUCUAAAUGACUUGUGUAUCUUUUACAAGAAAGUGGUAUUCGUAGCAUUUUAAACAUUUCUCAGAACCAUAUGGUAGGAGUAUUACUAGGUUUACUAAUGUGAAACUGUAACUGUGUUUACUCAUUGUGUAACAAGGUACGAUUGUUUCAAAGUAGGUAUUAGACUUUGUUCCUCCUGUCGUCGUGCUCUCAAAUAUUAGGUCUUAUAUUUUGUUAGAUUUCAAUUACAUGUUUGUUGUCUCGCAGAGAAAUAGUACUGCGAGUCAAAUCAAAUGGACUUCAAAGCACCAGUAUCCUUUUGUGACUUCGAUGUGAAACUAUAGUAAAUACUCAAAAAAGAUCCAGAUCUGAGAUCCUCACUGACAAUUCUCCUUGACAGAAGAGAUUUGCACUAAUUUACUGUUUAACAUACGGAACCAGGUGAUACUGUAGUAGUUAGCAAUAGCAAGCGAAAUCUGAAGAUGCUGUUUCCGACAGACGGGAGAGAUUUUAGCUAAAGACACUACCUGAUAUAAUGUAAGUGUGUGUUCCCGCCUGUAUCUGGGUAGAUGAAAGGUGUGGCUGUGGUUGGGUGUUUCAGUGUGAAUGAAGGAAUGAGUCUUAAGUGGAUGUGUUAUUGUCAGUGGCACUUUAUCAUUGAUCCCAAAGGGUGUCACAAAAUGUAAUUAUUUUCCUAUGAUGACAGAUUUACAACCGCACGAUGGGCCCAAAAAAUAAUACCAAUAAGUCGAAGGUGCCUUCUUUGUUCUUAUUUACAGUUUGUUGCGAGCAGACUUUUGUGCCCCUGGAGAGAAUGAAAAUCAUAUGUUUUUUUUCUCCAAACAAACAUAAAUCCAGCUUCUUUUUGCCAAACAGAACAUGCAAACGGUCUCAAAUUCUCCUUUGUCAUAUUCAUAGAUAACAAGAAAUAUGUUCAGCGUUGAUGUAAUGCAGUGUGUUGUUGCCAUUUGCAUAUCGUUUUUCAGUUAAUGCAAAUCUCUGCUGAUACCGUCUUUGUUUUAACAGAAAAUAAUAACGUUUCACAAUACCACACAUAUUCAGACUUUGAAGUUUUGUGAUCAAUUGGUGCAUUUGUCUUCCAGUUUUUCUGUUGGCCCAUUUGCAUGAUUUGUUUCAUCUUCAUUAUCAACAAUGCAGAACAAUGUGUGCUUAUAGUAUGGUUGUAUUUCUCUUUUAUAAAUGAAUGUAAAUGUAA